AUGUCCGACAACGGCGACGAGGAGAACGUCUUUGGCUACGAGGCAGGCUUACUGGAUACCGUAGAGCUAACCCAGCAGUCCGUCGACGAGCUCCAGGCCCAUGGCAUCAAUGUCUCGGACAUCACCAAGCUCAAGGCCGCUGGCAUUGUUACGGUCCUCGGCGUCGCUCAGACGCCCCGGAAGAAUCUCGCCAAGAUCAAGGCACGUAUCCAUUUGAGUAAUACUGACACCCAGGGUCUCUCUGAGGCCAAGAUCGAGAAGCUGAAGGAAGUCAGCCAGAAGAUGCUGAGCAUCACUGAGGUGUACGGCGAGUUCCGUACAGGCAAGACCCAGCUCUGUCACACUCUCUGCGUCACCACCCAGCUUCCCGAUGAACAGGGCGGUGCCAGUGGUCGUGUGGCCUAUAUCGACACAGAAGGCACUUUCCGCCCGGACCGCGUCCGUGCCGUCGCCGACCGCUUCGGCGUCGACAGCCAGAUGGCACUCGAAAACAUUCUUUGUGCCCGUGCAUGGAGCUCUGAGCAGCAGUGCGAGCUCCUCCUCGAGCUCGCCGUCCGGUUCGUCGAAGACCGCUCCUACAAGCUCAUCAUCGUCGACAGUAUUAUGAACCUGUUCCGCCAGGAUUACUCUGGUCGUGGCGAGUUGUCCGAGCGCCAGCAGUUCCUGGCACGUCUGCAGAAGCUAGCGGAGGAGUUCAACGUCGCCGUCGUCCUUACCAACCAGGUCCAGGCCGAUCCUGGAGCUGCCGCGAUGUUCGCUGCCGCAUCGAGUGCUAAGCCCGUCGGCGGUCACGUCCUCGCCCACGCCUCUGCUACCCGGAUCCAGCUCCGCAAGGGCCGUGGCGACGAGCGCAUCGCCAAGCUCCAGGACUCGCCGGACAUGCCGGAGGGCGAAGCGACUUACUGCCUCAAGUCUGGUGGCUGGGAGGACACCUAG